GACGUCCGUGGCCGUCCAUCCUUCUAAUCCAGCGGACCAGAUGUCCCUCGGUCACCGCUACACCUCGUGCCUUGAUCAUGUCUCUCGCUCUCUCUCGCUCUGAACAGGGGAGCUGACGUCAUAUUUGCUGUGAGAUAUGUGAGAAUUCGAGGUUUGUGGAAGCCCCGUCGCUCGAUCUUCUCAGUUCACUUCGCUCUGAGCUGCUUGUUUUGCUCUCUCCUUCUUCCGUCUUGGGUCGAAUGCGAAUCUUGGGGAUCGCUGGGCCGUUCGUGAUCCUUGACGGGUAGCUUUUUCUUGGAAACGAUAUGACCGACUGAUGAUGCGCAUCGAAUCUUGAUUUGCGAAUUCCGCUUCUGCGAUCGGUUUGAGCUUUUGGCUGGUGACUCGUUGCGUUCUGGGGCUGACCCAGAUGUUGAUUUGCCGUGCAGUUUCGUGGGUUAGCGUGAAUUUUGUAGGGAUCAGGGGGUUUCGUGAGCUACCGGUUCUUGAUUUUUUUAGUCUGGUUCCCUAGUGUUGUAAACUUCCCUAGUGAAUUUUUAGGACGCAUCUUGGACCUCUGGCGGGUCUCCGACCGGAUCUUAGGUUUCACAUGGUGCUAGCAUUAGGUUUUAGUGUGUUUCUUUUAACUCUGUGAUUGCUGUUCUUCUUUAAUUGCUGUUUUCUGAGUAAUUUGAGCUCGUGGUAAUGAAUUGUAUUGCUCCUACUCUGGAGGGUUCCAAGAAUAGUAGCUCGAUGAUCGGUUAAUUUGUCAAGAUUUACUGAUGCCGAGUGUCGGGAGUUCUGUUGAAAGAUGUUAAAAUAUUUAUAUGUAUUUUUGGAGCUAUUAUUCAUUGAAGCAAGUUCAAUAAGACAGGAAGCUCGUGAGUUAUUUGACUUACAAUGUUGGACGCUCCUGCCAUAUAGGUUUGUCUUUGGGUCAACUUAGAUGGAUGUUGGAGCUCCCGAACGACACAGAGAUAGCCAGAUAGAUCGGUAUCCUUUGCUAAUGGAACAAGUGGAGAGUAAUAGUGGUCAUCAGCACAUAAUUGAUGUAGAGAGAAAUGGUGACACCUCAUUGACUUCAUCUCGUGAUGAUCAGCAACGCAGGGUAGACUCGACAGAGGAUGAGGAUGAACUUUUGCCUAGCGUUCCAGCCCCUGCAGAUCAAACUACUGUCAAUUCAUCACACAGAUUGAACUCCACGAAUUCCUCAAGCACAAGAAGAGGUGAUGAUUACCACCAGCAUCCCAGAAGUCCAUUGAGUUCUGGACUAUGGAUUUCAGUCGAGGUAGUUGUCACCGUGGGUCAAAUUAUAGCAUCCAUAGUGGUGUUGUCAUUGUCGAGACAUGAAAAUCCGGAGGCUCCACUAUUUGCAUGGGUUGUGGGUUAUGCAUCUGGUUGCAUGGCAACGCUGCCUGUUCUUUACUGGCGUUAUCGUUCUCGCAAUCGUGGUAGUGAUCAGGAGUCCAAUCGAUACCAUCGAGGGACUUCUCAUAGCAGUCAAUCGGAGCCUAGAUCUUAUACAGCCAUCUCUGUCACUCAGUCCACAGAUGAGGGCAAUCAACAUUCUGAAGAAUCGGCUUCAUGGAAUGGCCAAAUUGCAGACACUCUGAGUCCACGACUUAGUGGACUGGUGGACCAUUUCAAGAUGGCCUUAGACUGUUUUUUCGCUGUAUGGUUUGUUGUCGGCAACGUGUGGAUUUUUGGAGGUCACUCUUCACCUUCUGAUGCUCCGAAACUGUAUAGGUUAUGUAUAGUAUUUCUAACUUUUAGCUGUAUUGGGUAUGCCAUGCCUUUUAUACUUUGUGCAACAAUUUGUUGCUGCCUACCUUGCAUAAUGUCUGUUCUGGGCAUCCGAGAAGACUUUUCGCAGACAAGAGGAGCCACUUCAGAAUGCAUCAGUGCUCUUCCAAUCUACAAAUUCAAGGUGAAAAGAGACACAAAUACUGAUGGUGGGGAUUUUAACCCAGGAGGAAGUGAAGGUGGGGUCUUGGCUGCAGGGACAGAAAAGGAGCGUUUCUUGUCGGGGGAAGAUGCAGUUUGCUGUAUUUGCUUGUCAAGAUAUGCAGAUAACGAUGAACUAAAAGAGCUACCUUGUCACCAUGUCUUCCACGUCGAGUGCAUUGAUAAAUGGCUAAAGAUCAAUGCUUCAUGCCCCCUCUGUAAAAGUGAGAUUAGCGAGAGCGGUGGGCUUUCGCAAUCUGACAGAGACAGCUAGAACCAAGGACCCCGAGUUUUAAGUAGCUCAAGAAUUUGCAUAAGGGAGCUGCCUGUGAAUGUGCCAACUGCCAUGUGUUCUCAUCAGACUUACGAUGAAACAAGGCCUCCUCGCAUAGAGGUGUAUUUGACUUGGCACGGGUAGCAAGAAAUUAACUUUGCAAAGAGGUUCUCUUGCGACGCAUCAGAUGAUUCACCGUUGCUGCACUAUUGAGAAGUGGAUUUCUUGCUUGGGAGAUCAAUCCCUUCUUCUCAGGACAUGUAAAUGCCGGGGCGAAGUUGAAUGCUCAACUCGUUUGCCGGGUCCCGUGAAAUGAUCUGGGAGGGUGCUGCAGUGGCAAAGGAAUCUCUGUGCACAGAUUGAUCUAUCUCAGGAUAAUGGUAAUGAUGUAUAUAACUUCUUCAAGAACACAACACAUGGUUGUAUCGAAUCACAUAAAUCGCGAUAAGCUGUAACUAUUCAUCGUGCCGUGUGAUUCUA